AUGUGGCAGCGGAGUGUCGUAACUCGUAGGUACAUCGUGCUACAAUCCGCUCGUCGUCACGUAGUACUGCGAUGUGGCAACGAGUGGUGGCGCAGCGGCACGUCCGGCGGUACGCAGAAUCAGCCUCUCGGCACCAGCCAGGCUUGUGUAACCAGUAGUGGGUGCACCACUCGCCGGCGAGCGGGAGCUCUGGGGUCACCGGGGGCGCCGCUUAUCGCGCCCGCCCCUCCCCGCGCCGCGCCGCGCCGCGACCCUCUCUGUCCAUAUUUACAUUGA